UGUACACACCAGUUUGAGUUGACAAGUCUAAACUCUCGCUGCUUUUAAUGCAACAAUGACAAUUAGAAACUUUCCUGGUGGGCAGGUUGACGGAAUUCUCGAUUCUCUCCUUUUGGAGGUUCAUAUAUCACCCGGUGCUAAAGACAAGCUCAAGAUUUUUCUGCAAAAGCUUACAGAAAAUGCCAGGAGUACAGGGAAACGGAGCAGGGAGCGCUCACUGGAGGAGGCAUCACAGAUCCUGCAGAAGAUCCCAAAGGAAGCUCUUCAUUCAGUACAUACUGCUGGACUUCAUCAACUUGUUCAGCUUCUCUUGACUUUGCAGUUAGAAGCAGUGACCACUUCAUCAGCCUGCCGUAAAUUAGACCAAAUGCUGUUAGUUUUGGCUGAAGUAAAUAACUCUGUUGUCUUAAAGGAGGUUCAACUAUGUCUUCACGAGUUAUUGCACCAGCAGCAAGUGCUUUCAAUAAAAGACCUUCAUAUAGCUGGUAUGUUCUUGGAGGACAGCAAUGUUGGAAGAGAAGUUCUGAAGGCAGAAUGUACUACCCUACUUAGGAAAGUUGCUGAACUGAUUCCUAUUGUUAUGUUGGAUGAAGCAGCACGAAAUGGACCAUUGUGUUACCAGAUGGUCAAGGUGUGUUUGCAGGUGUUUCAGCUGUUGCAUGGACAGGUGGCGCCAUUGGUUUACAGUAAGGAGAGUGUAAAUAUGAGUGUGAGAGAUAUUUUGGAGUUCCUGAUGAGCAUCAUCUUAGGAGAGGUUUCCAACAGAGAGACACGGUUGUUGGCAGGCACUGCGGUUGCUAUGCUUAUCAACACGGCGACAGACAGUCAGUGUGCAGAAUCAGCUGCUUGGAGUCUAUUGCAGAUCACCAACACAGAACCAUGGAGAUUGACAGCAGGAGAGCUAAGAGUGGACUGCCGUCCUAGAGGUCAGGAUGGGGUUGACAGGCUGGCUGUAUCUAGGGGGCUGUUAACUUGCUGCAGAAAUGACAGCCUUGUCAGUCACCGUGGCAACCAAGGGGCUUGUCUACUUCUGGAUGGGUUGUUCCCCCUCAUUUCUGCUCUUUGUGAGGAAAAGCUUGACUGUCAUUUCUAUGUUUUCCAAGUAUUUACCAUUUGGCUAAAGAGGGUGAAAGAGUGUCUCAGUGAAGUUUGGGAAGUUACUGGUUCUCCUUUAGAUUCAAACCUCCAACAGCAACUUACACAGAUCAUCUGGAGCAAUGCUGAGAGCCCGUUGGAUGGUGUUGCCGAGGUGGCACGAAGUGCUUUCUGUCUCUUUAUGGAGAUCUAUGAGAAGGAUUGUUUGCACUUUGGGAGCACUGAGAAAAGACUUUAUGUGGAGUUACUGCACAGGAUAUCAGAACUGCCCUGGGAGUCCAAAGCCAAGUAUUCACCUUUAUGUGCAAUUUUACCAUAUGCAGGCACAAACAAGGUUUUGGAACUGUAUCCUGCCCUUCCCUCUCACAUCCUAAAAUGCCUCUCCACCAAUCACCUCUCUCCGUGUGCAUCAGAAGUCUACAGAUCUUUCCUCCAGGAACAGAAGCGUGAGCUUACCAUUUAUGCAUCCCAGAAAGCUCUGCCCACCGACCAAGAUUUAGCCAAUCAGUGGGCUCAGCGAUGGCAACCAAUCAUCCUUGAAGCUUUGACUUCAGAUCUGACUCUACUACAAAAUAAUGCCUCUGGCCAUCUUCUGUCAUCCACACUACGGACAUUUCCAGGUGCUUUUAACAGUCUGCUUUCAGCUCUGGACCCCACAGCUUCUGGUCACCUUCAUGCAUGGGCCUCUAUCAUAAGCGUUCAACGGGCCACAAGUGGACAAUCCCUCUGGGCUACAGACAGCCCCCAUUUUCUCAAAACCCUUCAUCUUGCUCUAUCGUCUCUGGAUGAUAGUGUCCGCCUAGCAGCGUUGAACCUGCUCUGCUGCAGUCCAAAAACUAAAGAAGCCCCAUCACAGGUGGAAUAUUGUGCUCUGAGAAACUUCAUACCACUCAAUCUCAACAGCGAAUCGUCACCGUUCCGCCAACAUCUCCAGGCAGCGCUGAGGAAAUUCCUGGUGAGAAUAAGAGACAGUUGUAUGGCAAUUAUCAAGGGUCAUAAUAGUAAAAAAGGGCUUACUGAGGAAGAAGAGGCAGAGCUGAAACAAGGAGUCGAUUUUGUUGACUGGUUAGCACAGCUGUCAUGGGUGUAUUUGACUCCUGACAGCAGCUAUCAGAGGAAGAAAAGCAUUCUGCUCCUGCUGUUUGCAGUACUGGAGACAUGCACAGACACCUGGAGUCCAGACAGGAAGAAGGGACAACCACCUGCAAAUAUGUCUACACUUAUAAAUUGGGCUAAAGAGAGAGGAAAGUGGGAUUUCUUCUCAAAGUCAAAGAUGCUUGUUUUGAUUUGCUGUUUGGAAGAUUCAACUAAUGAGAUCCGUGAGCUGUCUGCAGAGCUGCUGCUCAGGUUUUUCCCUCCAUCGCUCCCUGAUGAUGUCACAUCUGUGCUGUUCAGCCAGGCAGAACGGCUCGUCCAGAGUCCACGAGUCCAAGAGGCCCAGAUGGGAGCACUGAUGAUCAAACUGCUACUCCAGAAGGUUGAUGGGGCAUUUAAAGAGGGGGAGAAGCAGUCACAGCUGAUCAGGUUCCUUCUGAAUAAACUGGAGCUUCAUUAUCUCACUGCCAAGAGCGAUAUGCUCCUUGCAGCUCGCACAACACCCAUCCAUGGUAUUGUAAGCGCUCUCAAGAGGGGCCUGCUGGAGGUGCCAAGGAUGUUGGUGGAGUCAGAAGACUGCAGUGUUGCAGGAGAUAUUGUGUCUUUACUAGAGAAGAUCACUCUACUGCUGCUGGGUGUGCUGUAUGGAGACCAGGAUACUGAGGACAAAGAGGUGCCUCCAUCGUUCUGUGACAUGGGAAAUGCAAUCAGCUCUUUGAUUGGUCAGGCUGGGCUUGCGGGGGCAGGGCUUGAUGAGGAUGGAGAGGAGAAUGUUUUGCUCUCUGAGGAGCAUAGUCUGGUGCUGACCUGCUGCUGGGUCUCAUUAAAGGAAAUAGGGAUUUUUCUGGGCUCCCUAGUCGAGAGAAUCCUGUGUGAGGACUUCACGCUGUUAACUGUGGAAGAACUCAGAAGAGCUUCAAAGGUGUUUAAAGACAUCAUUCUGAAAUGUAGACAUUGGGGGGCAGUAGAAGGCUGUUGCAUUGGCUUCACUAAGUUCUGCAGGGCUCUCCUGAGCAGCAAUGAUCCAGAGAUCAGAGAAAUCCCUACCCUUAUAUUACAACAGGGCUUGUAUGUUCUCCAGUCGCCCCGUAGUAUGUCAGUCACACGUCGUGCUGCAGGGCUGCCCAUGCUGAUUUUGGGUGUUUUAGCUGCUGAGGACUCCAGCAAAUCCCGCCCCCUACUGGCCAACACCAUAAACACACUGCUGGACAUGGCCAGAGCAACACUACCCCAGGAUUGGGACCAAACCCUUGACCUGCCACAGGUUUGUGCUGUUCACACUCUUCAAGCUCUGGUCAAGGGCUCUUGCCUUGGUGUGGCCAUUCUGCAGUACACCCCUGCUGUUGCUAUACUGUCUCUCACACUUCUCAGUUCACGAUGCUGGGCCAUGAGGAACGCAGCCCUGCAGCUUUACAGUUCCCUCUGCACCCGAAUGUUGGGUCAGCAGCCGGCCGGUGAGGAGGGCUCUACUAAAUCCGGCAUGUCUUCCCCAUCGUUCUUUAACCUCUAUCCAGCCCUAAAGCCCUUCCUCCAGGGGGCGCUAGAAAGCGCAGCAAAAGACCUGCAUGAUGCCACACUUCUCCUUCACCCAUCACUCUACCCUGUGCUCACACUACUUGCCAAACUACAGCCUGGUGCCGAGGAGCAGACACGUGUCCUGUCAAGAUUUCUUCCGCCAUUAUUCCUCCUUGCUGCCAGCCCAGUCUAUGGCGUACGAGUGAUGUCAUCAAGGGCCCUAGUUGCUAUGAUAACACCAGCAGAAUAUCUGGCAACUGUCCUGCAGUUGGUGGAAAAGCUGCCAGAAUCACCGGAUGCGCCGUGCUGUCACAACAGACUGCAUGGCCAACUCCUGCAGAUAAGAUCCAUACUGACCAGAGCAAUGAAGACUAACACUUUGUCUUCCAUCAAUGAGAUUGUGGAAAGGUUUGAAUGCGGACUGUGGUUGGCAUCGUCAAGGCAACGGUGCCCACUGGUUCGACUGGCCUAUGUGGAUAUUGUGAAGCUUUUGAGAGGCUACUGUUCUGGUGCUUUCCUCACCCAACUGUCAUCUCUAUUGCUACAGGAGAUUCAUAGGACUCCAAACAUAAUAGAGGUUGGCUCUGCUUCAUUCCACCAAAGUGUAGUGAAUUUCCUGUGUGGAGAUCCUGAGUGGGCGUGUCAGAUGUGGCAGUGUCUGUCCAAUAGCAACAUGGUUGUAAAGCUCUCACUGGUCAAGUAUGUAUCAGAGGAGCGUGAGUUGAGAGGGACCAUCGUACAGCAGGUUAUGGAGAGAGCACUCAAAUCUAACCUAAUGGAGGCAUUGCUGGACCAAAAUGUGGAGUACAAAGAAACAUACCUAACAGCACUGGUGGAGGUUAUGACCCCACAGGAACACAGUCUGGCCCUGCCACGUCCCUCUCUCCCAGGCUUUGAGGAAGCAUGGCUGCAGGAGUGUGUGGAGGUUCUGUUUAGUGAUCUGGAGGUAGAGAGAGGAGGACCAGGGCUAAUCUCCACAGCUCUGUGUGCAGUUAGUCUGCUACUCUCCCAAAGUGUGGACUUGUCUUUGCUCCAGCGCUGGUGUAAGUUAAUAGAAAAGCACAGAUAUCCUGAAGCUCCUGAGGCUCUUAGAACAGCUUGUGCUCAAGCUCUUUGUCUGUGCGGAUUCACCGUGGUGAGCAAAAGCCUGACGGGCAGCUUCAUACUCAAAGAGCUCAGUACCAGGUUGAUCAGCACAGGUGUCUACUUGCUUCAGGAUGAGAGCCCACAAGUGAGAGCAAAGGCAGCUGUCUUUGCCUCUCUGCUCUGCUGUUCUCGACAGCCUGAGGCUCCACAAAGAUGCUUCAACAUGCAGGUGAACCAGGUUCUGUGCUCACUGCUGGACCUGCUCUUGGAAGAAUUCUGGGAUACCAGUGGUGCUUUGGAGGCCUUGGUGUGCCACCUGCCUGACUGUGAUCUGAAUGACAUUCUGCAGCAGGCCAAAGAGACACAGUGCCACAGUCUGUAUGAGCGAGAUGAGGCUAAUGUGUUUGCAGAGCCAUCUGUGAUCUCAGAGUGCCUGCUGCCGUACCUGUUACAAAUGGCUAAACAUUACCCAGAAUCCUCAACUCUCGCAGAGAACCUCGAACACUGGGCCCGAAACAAUGCAGCCACUGUCAGGAAGAAUCUCACAAUUUGUAUGCAGCUUCAAUUAGGGGACGUCCUGAAUCCUGAUUGGCUGAGUUUGUUGACAGAGCCCCGUUUCCAUGGCGCACUUUCUGGCUUGUUAACCAGGGCGACUGUUCUACUCCAGCUGCUCAGGGAGUGUGAUACCAUACAACCCCUGCUUGACCCCUUGAACUUAUCUACAGACCUACAUCACAUUCACAGACAGUUUGUCCUAAAUGGAGUCUUCCUUUCUCAAGCCUUCAUUGAUGCACUAAGUGCAGAGUAGCCAUACUGCAAUUACACUUAAUUAACACAGUAAUCAUUAUUGAUUGAAGAAGCUGCCUCUUCAUCAGUUUAUUGAGUGGAAACUAUUCUAAAACUUAAAGGAAGUAUAACAAUCCCCUGCUGUGUAAUACUGGAAAGAUAAUAAAGGAAAACCAAAAUCAACUGCCAACUCCAGAUAACUGGAUGACCGUAACUCUAUAAAUGGGGUACAUUUAAUUCUGCAACGGCUGGAAAACGGGAACAAAACAGACUGUCUACAGAAGCACAGAUUACGUGCAUGCACGUUCAUGCAUGUGUGUUUGUUCAUGUUUGACUGCACCCAGAUAGCACCCUGGGCGUAUGAGGGGGGAGCAUGCAUUUUUAGCCAUAAUCAUCCAUGAAGAACAUGUCACAGUGACAUUUUGUGUUUCCCACUCUUCACCUAUGAUAAACCAAUUUAUUUCAAAUGCAACUUAUGUUUGAUAUUUUUAU